AUGGUUUCGUGGUUGAUGACAAUCAAGGCGGUGCUAAUUUCAAGCGGCGUAGCUCUGUUUCUUAAGGUCUCUGUUCCGGUUGCUGUUGAUUUAGCUCCGAUGUUGUGGAUUUCGUUGAUUUCGUGGCUGAAACCGCCGUAUCUUUACGUCAUCACUAACGGAAUCAUCAUCACUAUCGUCGCUUCUUCAAAGUAUUACCGAAGCUCUGGUCACCGUGACGAGGAAGACGAUGGGAUCGUAUACGGUGGCGAGUAUAAGAUCCAGCCGGAGACGAUUGUUGACGAUCAAGCUUCUCCGAGGAUACUGGUUGUGAAGGAUUUGGAUCCAGAUUUCGUAGUCGCGAAUCCGCCGCCUCAGGAACCGGAGGUGGUUACGGCGGUUGUGUAUGACGAUGCGGUGGAUAUAGCGGAGGAUGAAAUUGAAUCGGAGAUUAAGAGUGUGAUUAUGGUGGAGAGUUCAGAUCUCGUUGAAUCCGGUGUAGAUGAUGAGGUUUUACCGCCGGUGAUUUCAAAUCGGAAUCUUCCGAUGAUCGAAUCGGAGAAUCUUCCUCCGACUGAGAAACCGUUAGUUUCUUCAAGGUUCAGCCACCGGAAAUCUGGGAAAGCCAGUCCAGAAGGUGGAAGAGCGUUGAGAGUGACGAAGGCGAAGAGGAACAACGAUACGCUUGAGAAUACGUGGAAGAUGAUAACGGAAGGUAAGUCAACGCCGUUGACCAGACAGUUAUACCGGAGAUCCGACACGUUUGGCCGUGGAGAUUCCGGCGGCAGCGAGGCGAAACCGGUGAUGAGGAAAGAGCCGUCGCUGAGUCAGGACGAGUUGAAUCGGAGAGUUGAAGAGUUUAUUAAGAAGAUUAAUGAGGAGAUGAAGUUGCAGAGGUUGGAGUCGUUGAGACAGUACAAAGAGAUCACUAGUCGUGGGGUUUAG